UGGAAAAAUAUGUAGGUCAGUGGAACAUUCCCUGCACUUGUGCACAGGCAGCCGGGGCGGGAGAGCUCCUCCGCAGCCCUCUCGCUACCCACCGCCCCAGCCCGACCCUCCCGGAGCCAACCGCGGGGAGGGGGGCGCCGAACGCCGGGGUCCCUUUCCCCCUCCCUGACCCAUUUUGAGCACCAGCCUCGGGUCUGAUCUCCCCCCCGUCCACCCCCACCCUCCCGCUCCUCGCCGGAGAAGGGAGCGCCGAAAGGAGCCGGCGCCGGCGAUCGCUGCCACCGGGGCCGCGACUGCGCCCAUGGGCGCGGGACGAGGGGCGCGCCCCCGCAGCGCCGCCGGCUGAGGGCGCGGGGCGGUGGCCCGGCGGCGGGGGCAGGCGAGGGGAGGCGGCGGCGGGCGGCGAUGAAGGGCCGGCGGAGAGGAUGCCCCCACCUCGCCCCCCGGGCUCCAACUUCGCGGAGAACUAUCGGCCCCGCAGCCCCCGCCCCCGCCCUGCCUCUCCCGGCCGCGCGUCCAACUUAAUGCCCCAGCGGGAGCCCCAGCCAGCAGCCCCCCCGCCCCCCGGCCUCCGCCUCCCCCCCCAGCAGCCCGGGUUCCCGGCGGCCUCCCGGUGCCGGCGGAGCCCCUGGCCCCGGCGCGCGUGGGUCCCGCGGCGCCCGGGGCGGCGGCAGCGCGGCAUGCGGCGGCCCCGCGCACCAUGAGACACGGCACCGGCACCGGCGGCAGGCAGGAGGCGGACAGCGUCCCCGGUUCCUCGUCGGCGAGGAAGAGUUUGCCGGCUUCCGAGGCCGGCCUCCUGCGCGGCUGGAGCAGGGGCGGCCGCUGCCGCAGCGGCACCGGCAGGCACCGGAAAAGCGGCGGCAUCCAGCUCGGCGGCACCGGCACCAGUACCGGCGCCGAUUCCCGCGCCCAGGUGGCCACCGCGGACAGCAGCAGCAGCAGCAGCAGCAGCGGCGGCGGCGGCGGCGGCUGGGGCUUCCCCGCCGCGCUCCCGCAGCACCGGCACCCCAGAAAAAACUGCUUAGACAAUCUAAUGGAUGAAGAUGAAAAAGACAGAGCAAAGAGGGCUUCACGUAACAAGUCUGAGAAGAAGAGGCGCGAUCAGUUCAAUGUUCUCAUCAAAGAGCUCAGCUCCAUGCUUCCAGGCAACACUCGCAAAAUGGACAAAACUACUGUGCUGGAAAAAGUCAUUGGCUUUCUGCAGAAACACAAUGAAGUCUCAGCACAGACGGAGAUUUCUGAAAUUCAGCAGGACUGGAAGCCUUCAUUUCUCAGCAAUGAAGAAUUCACCCAGCUGAUGUUGGAGGCAUUAGAUGGCUUCAUUAUAGCAGUAACUACAGGUGGAAGCAUCAUCUAUGUGUCUGACAGCAUCACACCUCUUCUAGGGCAUUUACCGUGUGAUGUCUUGGAUCAGAAUUUGUUGAAUUUCCUCCCAGAACAAGAACAUUCAGAAAUUUAUAAGAUGUUAUCUUCUUGUAUGCUUAUGACAGAUUCUGCCUCACCGGAUUACCUAAAAACUGACAAUGAACUAGAGUUUUAUUGUCAUCUUCUGAGAGGAAGUUUGAACCCAAAGGAAUUUCCAACAUAUGAAUACAUAAAAUUUGUAGGAAAUUUUCGGUCUUACAGCAAUGUGCCUAACUCCACUUGCAAUGGCUUUGACGAGGCUGUCCCGAGGGCUUACAGAACAUCCCUGGGAAAGCAGAUCUGCUUCGUUGCGACUGUUCGUUUGGCAACGCCUCAGUUUUUAAAGGAGAUGUGCAUUGUGGAAGAACAUCUAGAGGAAUUCACAUCAAGACACAGUCUGGAGUGGAAAUUUUUAUUCCUGGAUCACAGAGCACCGCCAAUUAUAGGAUACUUGCCUUUUGAAGUGCUGGGUACUUCUGGCUACGACUAUUACCACAUAGAUGACCUGGAGCUGCUAGCAAGGUGCCAUGAACACUUGAUGCAGUUCGGCAAGGGGAAGUCGUGCUGCUAUCGGUUUCUGACCAAAGGACAGCAGUGGAUCUGGCUCCAGACCCAUUACUAUAUCACCUACCACCAAUGGAACUCCAAGCCAGAGUUCAUUGUGUGCACACACAUGGUGGUAAGUUAUGCAGAUGUUCGGGUGGAGAGGAGACAGGAGAUGGGCUUGGAAGAAGUGUCCUCAGAGGUUGUGUCCUCGGCACUUAAGGACAAUGGUGCCAGCUUGGAUCCUGAACAGCACUUUAAUACACUUGAUAUUGGUGCCUCAAUCCUCAGCGCCAGUCGGACACCCUCAGUAUCAUCUAGGAGCUCACCAAAAUCUUCCCACACACCCAAGUCAGACCCAGCGUCUACACCAACAAAGCUGAUUGCAGAGUCUAACGCUCCCUUGCCAAGAACACCAAGUGCGCAGCAGGAUCUAUCUCUGCAUAGACUCGGUCAACCUACUGCUCUUCAGGUUUCUUUGCCUUCUCAGCCUCCAUGUGAGCUUCUCCCACAGCAGUUGCUGCCUCAAGCAACUCUGCAAAAUCAGCCUGCACCUCUGGCACAGGGCCAUUUACUUGGAGAUUUCAGCUUUGCUAGAGGGAAUAUAAAGGUACUUUCACGUAUUUUACUGGUUUAAGGUGAAGUAGUUAGCUAAUACAAAUCUGACCGGUCACAUUUAGAUUUCUCUCAGUAGCCAAAGAUUUUCAUUUAACUGUAUAGUGUUGCUAUCACCAAAGUACUCCUUAAUUCCCAUCUUGUUUCCAUU